AUUUGUUAAAUGUGCGCCUUUGGAAUUACCUCUAGUCUCUUCGCUAAUAUUAUGCAAAUAUGUGAAACACGAUUAAUGGCUGUGGUAAAAAAGAAAAAAAAAACACAGACUCGGGAAUUAGUUCAUAGUUCUGACUCUGAUACGGCGACCGUGACCUCUCAUUAUCAGCGGAAUGUCAGCACGAAAUACAGUGAAAAUCUGCGCCCUGAGAUUACGUAUUCAGUAGCAUUCGUACGAAGCUCUAGCGAACCAGGCUCCAGUGAGAACUGUUGCUACUCGUGUUCGAUGACAUCUGGGAGAUACUUUUCUGAAACUGCCUGAAACAUUGAAACUGAAGACCUGUGAUCCAAGGAGAACCUCUGAAGUAAUUCGAGAGACCAGCCCUGCAUAUAACGAACACAGUGGAGAACUACUGUGGUUGAAGGAGAGGUACCAGGACGCUCUGUAUUGCUGUACGGACGGGUUGAAGAGAUGAGCGUGUGGACCGCCUGCUGGCAGGGCCUCGGCCUCGCGGUGGGAGCUCUGCUGGCCGUCCUCAGCUGGCUCUGGAUCACCCGGCCUCGCACCAACGCGCCCGGGCCCACUCCGCUGCCACUGCUGGGAAACCUCCCGCAUUUCUGGCGAAAGCUGCCCAUUGUCGUGAACGACUUUAGAAAGCUGCAACGUCAAUAUGGCGACGUCUUCAGGUUCUACAUAGGGCCUAAACUGAUCUUGAUAGCAACGCAACCGGACGAUGCAAAGAGACUACUGGUGGGCUGCAAGAUGCGGGAACGUGACGACUACACCACACGUGCCCUCAUUCCCUUCUCAGGCUACGGGCUCAUCGUUAAUAAGGGUGAACUCUGGAAAACACACAGAAAGCUAAUAGAACCUACAUUCCAUGCAGAGGUUUUGCAUGGUUACACAGAGGCGUUCAACAAAGGUGCACAGUUCCUGUGUUCACAACUAGCAGAGGUAAAUGGUAAUGAAGUAGAUAUAAGCAAGAUGCUUCUGCACACGUCUUUUCACUUUCUCACACUUUCUAUGUAUGGCAUCAGUUUUGAUGAACUGGAACCUGAUAGAAAAAAACAAGCUGUUGCCGUUGAUGUCUUCAUCAGUGGGCUGGAGUUAAUUCAGAAGAGAUUUUACCAACCAUGGUUGCAAAUUGAUUGGAUAAUCUCACUUACGCCUGAUGGUGAAGCAUUAAAACGACAGCUGAACCUGUAUAACGGCAUGGCGAAGCAAGGACUUGCAAUUAUUAGGGAGAGACGAUCCAAAGCAUUACCACAGAAGAGGAAAUCAUUUCUGGAUGUAAUGAUGGAUGAUCAUGGAAAUUUGCUUCUCCCUGAGAGUGAAGUGUACGAUGAGGUACGAACAUUUGGACUGGCGGGUACUGACACCACUGCAACAGCACUGAGCUGUAUAUUUGCACUGCUCGGUCUGUACCCAGAGUGGCAAGACGCAAUUCAAAAGGAAGUGGACGAAAUCUUCGGAACUGGGGAAGACUACCUGAGACCCGUUACCGAAAGUGAUCUCACUCAGCUAAAGGUCACUGAGGCUGUUAUAAAGGAGUCACUGCGGUUGUUUCCCGCUGUACCAGUCGCACCGGUGUUCGCGUCGGAAGACAUCCCACUGAGCGACGGGCGGUACGUGGCGCCUCGCGGCAGCGUCGUCUUCGUCUUCCUGAACCUGCUGCACCGCCAGCCGGCGAUCUACCCGGACCCCGACAAGUUCGACCCUGGCCGCUUUCUGGAGGGCGGCGGCACCAAUGCUCUGCCCCCUUACAGCUACCUGCCAUUCGGCGCCGGUUCGCGCCUCUGCGUAGGAGCGCGCUUCGCCAUGCUGGUAAUGAAGACAGUGCUCGCCACGGUGAUGCGGCAGUUUCGUAUCAUCCCCGGCAGCACCAGGGAGGAGCUGGAGGAGAUAGGAGUCUUCAUCACUGGCAAACCCGUCCACGGCAUCAAUAUCAGAUGCGUCCCACGAACAGCUCCUGUCACAGUGGAUUGCACUUAACAAAGUGAAAGCAGAAGAAACCGCAAAAGAGAAGCACAGUUACUGUGAUUCACUCUCCUAAGUUCAUUAUCAACCAUUAUACUUCAAUGUUAAGCAAAUAGUGAUAGAUAUUUCGUCCUAUUUAUUGUUUUCUUAUUGGCUUCAAUGUUUACAAUCAUACAGCCAUCUGUAAUAUGACUAAUACUCUUAUUUACUCGCACUGACUAUGUAAUUUAUUCAAGUUCCACACAUCAUUUCAUUCACUAAUCUGCAAAGCUAGUAUGCAUUGACUAAUUUGAGCACCAAUUGCUAGGAUUUGGUUGUCUCGAACGAACAUGACAACACAUAUAUUAUAUAAACAUUGAAUAUCAUAUUAUAAUCGAUAAUAUAAUAAAACAUUGUUUUUUAAGCUAUUAUCUCUCUACUGUGCGAGAGCUAGGCACUGGAAAAGUUUCGCUUCUACCACCAGAAGGAAAUUCGAUAGUAAUUUGAAAAUAUUUAUGUACACUCUUGCCAAAUUGUAAAUUUCUUUAGGAAUAAAGCCAUUUAGAGUUCUUAA